CGGACCGUGCGCCUGCGCUGCGCUCUCCUCCCCCAUCCUUCUCCAGCUGCUCCUGGCGCCGAGCUCCCAUCUCUCAUCUCCCGAGCAGCAGGGCCACCUUGCACCGUGUGUGGGGCGCAGGGCAGGGGGAGGGUGGGGGGACAGGAGGAAAUAGAAGCCUAAAGGAGAAAGGGGUGGGCACCCAGCUGGAAUGUCCCUGCAGGGAGAGCAGUGCUGGGGGAUAGACUUCCCAUUGAUCCUCUCUUGUUUGUCCCCUUAUUAUGGUUGCCUGCCCUGCUGCUCUAUAUAGCACAGCCCGACGCUUCUCCCUCUGGUGCCCACCCUGCCCCGGGCACCCUUUCAUCUCCAAGGUGUGAUUGAUGGUGGAUGCACUGAGACCCCACUGCCUGACAUCCAGUAUUGUGUUCUUCAUCCAACCAACAUGUCUGCUCCACUAGGGCCCAGGGGCGGCCCUCUGCCUCCUGCACAGCCACAGGCUCCAAUGCCAGAGAUGCCGGACCUCAGCCACCUGACAGAGGAUGAGAGGAAAAUCAUAAUGGCUGUGAUGGAGAGGCAGAAGAAAGAAGAGGAGAAGGAGCAGUCAGUGUUAAAGGUCAAAGAAGAACAAAAAGCCCAGCCGGCACAGUGGUUUCCCUUUAGUGGGAUCACUGAGCUGGUUAAUAACGUUCUUCAGCCACAGCCAAAAGAGCAAAAUGAAAAGGAGCCGGAGAUAAAAUUGCACCAGCAGUUUGAAAUGUACAAGGAGCAAGUGAAGAAGAUGGGCGAGGAAGCACAGCAGCAGCAGGAGCAGAAGGGCGAAGCUCCAACCUGUGGAAUCUGCCACAAAACAAAGUUUGCUGAUGGCUGUGGCCACGACUGUUCGUAUUGCCAAACUAAAUUCUGCGCGCGGUGUGGAGGGCGAGUGUCUCUGCGCUCAAAUAAGGAGGACAAAGUGGUAAUGUGGGUAUGUAAUUUGUGCCGAAAACAACAAGAAAUCCUCACCAAAUCAGGGGCCUGGUUUUACAGCAGUGGGUCAAGCACACCCCUAAAGCCCGGCGAAGAGAGCCAGGCAGGGUACCAAACGGAAGAAGCACCUCAGGAGAAAAAAGCUAAGCUACAAGAGCAGUCCCAAUACCAGGGACCCUCAGGGGACUUAUUAACACCAGCCUCGGACAAAAACCGACCGCAAGGGAUCGUCCGGCAAGAUUCCAUCAAAAAUGGUUCCGAACUGAAGCACCCGAUUCCUGGCGACCUCGCAUCUGACAGGAAAAGAAGCCCUUCAAUACCUAGAGACCAGAAUCGGAGAUAUGAUACAAGGGACGAUAUAGGUGAACAUUCACAGCAUGCUACAUCAGACAGCGCCAUGCCUAGAUCACCAUCAGACUACUCGGACAGGCGAUUGCAACGAGGGUCUCAGCUCUAUGAUGAGCCUGAGCACGGUGACUACAGAAGAAGUAGGCGGCGCUCCAAUGAGUAUUCGGUAGAUGAGGAGGAUAUCCAAGACAGGGAGGAAUAUGAAAGGCAGAGAAGAGAGGAGGAGUACCAGGCAAGGUACCGGAGUGACCCCAACUUGGCCAGGUACCCUGUUAAGCCACAACCGUAUGAAGAGCAAAUGCGCAUCCAUGCAGAGGUUUCAAGGGCUCGACAACGAAGGCACAGCGAUGUGUCUUUAGCUCAGACAGAAUUUGAGGAGUCUCGGAUGUCAACGCUGAGGAUGGAGAGACCUUCAAGGCAAAGAUCUGCGUCAGAGCGUAGAGCAGCGAUGGAAAGCCAGCGUUCAUAUUCAAUAGAAAGAACUAGAGAUGUGCAAGGGCCAGGUCCUGGUCGGCAAAGGACCUCAAAUCAUAGUCCCCCAACACCAAGAAGGAGUCCCAUUCCCAAUGAUAGGCCAGAUAUGAGGCGCACAGAUUCUUUACGGAAACAGCACCACUUGGACCCAAGUUCUGCCGUAAGGAAAACCAAAAGGGAAAAAAUGGAAACUAUGUUAAGGAAUGAUUCUCUUAGCUCAGAUCAGUCUGAAUCUGUCCGGCCCCCACCACCAAAGCCUCAUAAAACAAAAAAGGGAGGUAAAAUGCGUCAGGUUUCCUUGAGCAGUUCAGAAGAAGAGUUGGCGUCUACGCCGGAGUACACGAGCUGCGAUGAUGUGGAGAUUGAAAGUGAAAGUGUUAGUGAGAAAGGGGACAGUCAAAGGGGAAAAAGAAAAACUAGUGAGCAGGCAGUUUUGUCGGAUUCUAACAUCUUGUCUGAGAGACAAAAGAAAAUGGUGUGCUUUGGAGGCCACUCUUUGGAAGAGGAUUUGGAAUGGUCUGAGCCUCAGAUUAAAGACUCUGGGGUAGACACGUGUAGUAGCACCACCCUUAACGAAGAGCAUAGCCAUAGCGAGAAGCACCCUGUCACGUGGCAACCUUCCAAAGAUGGAGACCGCUUAAUUGGUCGCAUAUUAUUAAACAAGCGGCUCAAAGAUGGGAGCGUCCCGCGAGAUUCUGGAGCCAUGCUGGGGCUGAAGGUCGUUGGAGGGAAAAUGACAGAAUCAGGUCGACUUUGUGCGUUUAUCACCAAAGUGAAGAAGGGAAGCCUGGCAGAUACAGUAGGCCAUCUUCGACCAGGUGAUGAGGUUUUAGAAUGGAGUGGGCGGAUUUUGCAAGGAGCGACGUUCGAAGAAGUUUACAAUAUUAUACUGGAGUCCAAACCCGAGGCACAAGUAGAAUUAUUGGUCUCCAGACCCAUAGGAGAUAUACCCCGGAUUCCUGACAGCACACACGCACAACUGGAAUCCAGUUCUAGCUCAUUUGAAUCCCAGAAAAUGGAUCGCCCUUCUAUUUCAGUUACUUCCCCCAUGAGUCCUGGAAUGUUACGGGAUGUCCCCCAGUUUCUUUCUGGACAACUUUCAAGCCAAAGCCUUAAUAGAAGAACAGCGCCUUUUGUUCCUAGGGUUCAGAUUAAACUCUGGUAUGACAAGGUUGGCCACCAGUUAAUUGUCACGAUAUUAGGAGCAAAGGAUCUGCCAUCGCGGGAAGAUGGGAGGCCGAGAAAUCCUUACGUAAAAAUUUACUUUCUUCCAGAUCGAAGUGAUAAGAACAAAAGGAGAACAAAGACUGUGAAGAAAACCGUAGAGCCCAAAUGGAACCAAACAUUCAUCUAUUCUCCGGUUCAUCGGAGGGAAUUUCGGGAACGAAUGUUGGAAAUAACACUUUGGGAUCAAGCUCGGGUUCGAGAAGAAGAGAGUGAAUUUUUAGGAGAGAUUCUAAUUGAAUUAGAAACUGCACUAUUAGAUGAUGAGCCACAUUGGUACAAGCUACAGACGCAUGAUGUGUCUUCAUUGCCACUUCCACACCCAUCCCCGUUCAUGCAAAGAAGGCAGCUGCACGGCGAGAGCCCAACCCGGAGGUUGCAAAAUAAAGGCUCAUAUUCAUAUAAUUCAGGAUCCAAAAGGAUAAGCGACAGCGAAGUGUCUGACUACGACUGUGAUGAUGGCGUUGGUGUUGUUUCAGACUUUCGGCAUAAUGGGCGUGACCUGCAGAGUUCAACGUUAUCUGUUCCGGAACAAGUAAUGUCGUCCAAUCACUGUUCCCGGACUGGGCCCCCGCAUGUAGACAGCAUAGGAAGAACGAGGUCAUGGUCUCCCAGUGUCCCUCCUCCGCAAAGUAGGAAUUUGGAACAGGGACCGAGAGGGACAAGAUCUGGCCCUGCACAUUACAAUACCAUGAGCAGAGUGGAAAGGCAUCGAGUAUUAGAUAACCACUACUCCCCAGACAGAGACAGGAAUUGUGAAGCGGCAGAUAGACAGCCAUAUCAAAGAUCCAGGUCCACUGAACAACGGCCUGUGCUGGAGCGGACCAGCUCCCGCUCCCGAUCUACUGAGCGUCCUGACUCAAACCUCAUGAGGUCGAUGCCUUCAUUAAUGACGGGAAGAUCUGCCCCUCCUUCACCCGCCUUAUCGAGGGCACACCCUCCUCGUACCGGCUCUGUUCAGACAAGUCCUUCAGGCACCCCGUUAGCAGGGCGGAGGGGGCGCCAGCUCCCGCAACUUCCCCCAAAAGGCACGUUAGAAAGAAAAGUUACUUGGGAAGACCAGCAAAGAAAGGUGAAUGGUUCAAUAACUGAUGACAAACAUUUGCCAAGAAAGAAACAGCAUUCUGAGCCAGAAGAUAUGGACUCAACGCGGAGGCGAAACUCAGAGGAAAAGGCUGCAGAACAAGAGAAUGGGAACCCAGGUGCUAUGGACGUAGAAGAAAGGACGCGACAGCUGAAAGUGAAGAUCAACAAAUACAAGCAGGUGGGAGGAUCAGAUUCUCGGCUAGAGAAGGAUUAUCAUCCAAAGUAUCGGACGGGGCGGGAUCCGCAGAGGGGCUCAGACAAUAUGUCCAACAAGUCAUCAGACAGCGAUGUUAGUGAUGUGUCUGCCGUAUCACGGACCAGCAGCGCCUCUCGUUUUAGUAGUACGAGUUAUAUGUCUGUGCAGUCGGAAAGGCCUCGAGGGAACAUGAAAAUAGGUAGAAGGACAAGGGAAGUAGAGGAGAGAAUAGAGAGGGCUGAGGGAGGGCAGCAUCACAAAGAAAUAGGUUUUCUGGAGGAAGAGGAGGACGUUAGGCAGGAAGUAGAUAGUGAGAAGGAAACAGAAGUGCAGCAUAUAAUUGACAACUGCAUGAAGGGGCCAAGCAAAGAAAGUGUAGAGGAAGAGAGUCAACAGAAUGAGAAAGAUGAGGAAAGCCAUGAUGUUGAGGAAGCCCAUAAUGAGAAUCUGCCAAGGAGGUCCUCAGAAAAUGAUAUAAGUGCAUUGGCAUCCAAAAUGCAAAGCAGGCAAAUGGGCGCCUCAGGGAAGAACAUGACCAAAAGUACCAGCAUCGGAGGGGAUAUGUACACCCUGGAGAAGAACGACGGAAGCCAGUCUGACACAGCCGUGGGCACUGUGGGUGCGGGUGGAAAGAAGAGACGUUCAAGCAUAGGCGCCAAAAUGGUGGCCAUUGUGGGCUUGUCACGAAAAAGCCGAAGUACCUCACAGCUCAGCCAAACAGAAGUCGGAGGGAAGAAGCUGAAGAGCACCAUCCAGAGAAGUACGGAAACAGGCCUGGCCGUGGAAAUGAGAAACUGGAUGAGCCGCCAAGCAAGCAGGGAGUCCACAGAUGGGAGUAUGAACAGCUACAGCUCAGAGGGGAAUCUGAUAUUCCCUGGGGUCCGACUGGGUUCCGACAGCCAGUUCAGUGACUUUUUGGAUGGUCUUGGUCCUGCCCAGCUGGUUGGUCGCCAGACUUUGGCCACGCCCUCUAUGGGAGAUAUUCAGGUUGGAAUGGCUGACAAAAAAGGCCAGUUGGAGGUGGAGGUGAUACGAGCCCGUGGUCUUGUUGUAAAACCAGGCUCAAAGACACUGCCAGCACCCUAUGUUAAGGUGUAUCUCUUAGAAAAUGGAGUGUGCAUAGCCAAAAAGAAAACAAAAGUAGCAAGAAAAACGCUGGAGCCUCUAUACCAGCAAGUGUUAGCGUUUGAGGAAUCACCACAAGGGAAGGUCCUACAGAUCAUUGUUUGGGGUGACUAUGGACGCAUGGACCACAAGUCCUUCAUGGGGGUGGCUCAGAUACUUUUAGAUGAACUGGACCUAUCCAGCAUGGUGAUUGGAUGGUAUAAACUUUUCCCCCCUUCAUCUUUAGUAGACCCAACGUUGGCUCCACUCACUAGGAGAGCUUCCCAAUCAUCUCUUGAAAGCUCCACGGGACCUUCUUAUGCUCGUUCAUAGCAUCUGUGAAAAACAACUUGUCUGUGCAACCAGCGUUACAAAAAAUGUAAAAUCUCAACAAAACAAAAACAACAGGUCGCAAACCCUGGUAAACACUGCAUGCUUAAUGUUGUGUCUUCUGAGCCUGUUUCUAGGGAUUCCAAGCGAUCCUGUGUUCUCAGAGGAAGUUGCACACAUUGUGCGCUAAAGAAGGCUCUCAGGGGAAGGAGCGGAGUUACGCAUGACCAACAGGGUUGGAGACCAGAGAAGUUCAGUUCUAGUUGAAUCUGAAGCCAUGGAUAACUGACACUAUUAAAAAAAAAAGUCAAUCUUUCAUGCAACAAAAGUCAUAAUCAAUGACAUGUCAUAUUGUUGCUAGUUUUUUGGGUUUUUUUGGAAAAUGUAUUUCAUUUUUGUAUUUGACCCCAAAGACCGGGUAAGCCGAAGAAUGAGAUCUAAAGCAAGCAAAGCAGAAAACUAGGAGACCACAGGAGAAAGAGAUGGCCCAGUGUUAUUAAGGACAGUCGUUACGAGAUAUUACACAGCCCAUUCGCUUUGGAAAGGUUGGCGACGCGUUUAACGCAACGAGCCCACCGCGCAAGAUCUCUCCAGGGAAGAUUUUUUUAUUUCUGUGGUUAUUCUGUACUGUAUGAAAUUUAAAGAAAAAUUAUAUAUAUAUAUAUAUUUUUUUUUUUUUUUUGCAUGGACAUGGAUCUAAGUAAACACUAAAAUGAUUUUAUUUGGGCUGCAACUUGCAAAAAAAAAAACCACACAAAAAUAAACGACAAAAUAACAAAAAAGAAUCAGCCAUUUUCAACAAUUUAUAUGAUUUUUAUGAAAACAAAAAAAAAAUGUCACUAGUGCAUGUUAUAAAAAGGGAGAGAAUGCAACCGCGUGAUACGAUGACAACAACCACCUUUCUCAUUCUUAACAACCAAUCACGGUCUGUGGUUUUUUUUUUCGUUUUUUUUUUUUCUUUUUGCAGACUUAUAUUCGACAGAAAAACAAAACGAAUCAUUUAUAGCAAAUAUUUAAAAUUCUGUUGAUGUGACGAGAAAUAAAUGUAACAUAUAAGAUUUAUUUAAAUGUAAAAGGUCCAAGCCUUGUAAAGUUGAACAUUUCCGUGCAGAAUUGUACAUUGUCCCUUUCUGUCACUUCUUCUCAUCCAUAGACAUUUUUGCAUUUUGUCCUUCCGCCCCAUGUCCCCUCCCCCCCAUCUGAUCACUGAUUCUAAUGCUUUUUUGAUCAAGGAUUGCAGAAUUUUUUCCUCCCUGCAUUCUUGUAUUGUCUGAUAGAAAAUAAACAAAAGGAAAACGUUACUGUUUUGAUCCCUCCCCCUGAGCGGCAGAGAAGAUAUCACUGCAUUACGGCCUUUUCUGAUCCUCGUGGGAUGCCGUAUUUUCUUUCAUUCAAGCAUGUUGAAAAACAAAAAAACAAAAACAAAAAAAAAAAACGAUUUUGCAACAUGGCUUGAGAAUACCUAAGGUAAUUCAGCAUGUAUUUGUUAUAGAAGAUAUUUGAACUUUUUUGCAAUAUCUUGUACAGUGCAUGGUAACUAUUUUUUCACCAUCAGAUCGAAUCCUUCAGAAAAAAAAAUGACAGAAUUAUGCGGCCAUUUUUUUUUUUUUUUUCUUUCCAGCACCCACUGGUAUGGAUUUCAAGGUGGAACCAAAAACAAAAAAAAAAUUACAAAAAUUCACUCUGAUUUUCUUUUGGGAGGAAUCCCAUUUUUGCACAUUUUCUGAGUUCUGAGUAAUACCAAGUUGAUUUUUCUUUCAAAGAUACACCAAGUGCUUGUAAGGCCAGUCUUUCAGAAGCACCAAUAGAACUGUUUCUGAAUGCGUUUGCUCUAAUGUUCAAUUCAGCAAGUCACACCCGUUCCUCAGAUGUGCAACAGUUGCCCCGUCGGCCCACGUCUGCGGCUCCUGUGACUUGGAAGCACACGUUGAACUCUCAUGCACAUCUGCCUCUAUAACGUCUCAGUUCGACUUAAGCAAAAACAAAAGUAUAUUUUUUUUAGGGGAGGGGGGGUAUUUUUACUCUGGAACGAAGUCUGUUAAAAUAAAAAAAACAAAAAAAAAAAACAAAAACAAAUUCGCUGUCGCGUUUCAAACCUCUAGGGAAAUUGUCUCUUUCGUCUGCUCCCGCAGCUAUAAAACACUAAAGGUGUGGGCGUGGAUAUUUUGUGGGCGUAUAUUUAACAUUGUAAAUACGCAGACAUCUAGAGCCCGUGGAGAAUUUAAAAAAACAAAAAGAUCUGUGCACAUAUAUGUCAAGAUUUUUUUUUUUUACAUACAUGUAUGUAUAUGCUUGUGUUUCUAUGUAUAUGCAAACAGAUGAGUGCACACAAACAUAUCCACUGAUAAUUAGCAGAUACGAUAAUCCCCGCCCCCUUUUUCAAUUGGCCAUAAAAAGAAACCUUCCUCUCAAAUCAAGUUUGACCGAUAUGCAAAACUUUGAUGCCUUUUUUUUCCGUUUCUGUUGUGCAAUCUCACACCAAGCAAGACUGGCUUUCAAUACAGUUGUUCGAUGAAUUCUGUUGGUUACAAAGUCACUGUUUUUAGAUGGUUUUAAACCAGCAAACGAUAAUUACAAAAAAAAAUAAAACAAAAAAAAAAAAUCAAAUCGUACCAUCUACAGUAUCAUGUCAUACAUAUUAAUAAAAACAACAUUUCUGGUAUUGAAAAUGCAGUGUAAUAUGUUAUUUUCUGAAAAAAAAUAAAUUCCCAAGAUGCAUUUUUCUUUCUAAUUUUUAUAGGGAAAAAGACCAUAUAAAAAGAUUUGUACAUACGUAUCAUUAUGCAGUAUUUAUUUAAAAAGAAAAAAAGUUGAUGUAUUUUUUUUUUUUUUUUUUUUAAUUUCACAUAAUGUCUGCAGCACUGUUACUGAUGUAGUCCUGUAAAUAACAUUCCCCCGGAGGCUACUGCAGUCUUGUACAUAGUACGUUUUAAAAAAAAAAAAAAGCAGAGGCAAAGACGGUUGGUGGAAAUGGCACACGAGUCCUGCAAUGAGCACCAACUAAUGUAAAGCAUAUUCAUUACGGUGGUGGUAUUUAACACUUUAAAUAAAACAUUUUCUUUACACG